AAUCUGGGCUGCAAAACGAAUGGGGAAGCAAGAUAGAUAACUCUGCUCAGUCAGCUGCGCUCCACUGGCAAUACUACUUUUCCACAAUGUUUGGUGGAUAUGACGAUAUAGAAGCAUUUGAAGAUGAUAUUUACUGUGAAGAGUCCUCCAGUGAAACAAGUGUUGAUAGUGAGAUAGAAUUUCAUCUUUACAGCCAGGUGCAUUAUGCCCAGGCCCUUGGAGAUGGCAGUGGACAAGAAGAAACUGAAGAAGCUGGACCUGUAGAGAAGCAGAUUCAGCGUUCAGUGAGUAAACAGAAUCAGAAGGAUAACUUAGUUGUAAUUUCAGAUAGUGAUGUCAUUCAGAUUUCAGAUAGUCCUGAUGUCAUCAUUUUGUCUGAUACUCCUGAUGAAGAUAGUGUUUACAGAAGUAAACUCCAGAAGCUAACAACCCCAGACUCUCCAACACUAGAAAGAACAUACAGUCCCACUGAUCCCAUCUCAGUGAAGCCAGCUAAAGAUUCUUCUCAGGCUGUCAUGAAUUCAAAGGGACUGUCUACAGACACUUCAAGAAAAGAGAAAAGAAUUAAUCAGAAGUCUGUCUCUUUUCACCGUGAUGGUGUUCGCAUGAUCCACAAGAUCCUAGUAAUAGAGGACAGCUCCAGUAAUGAGGAUGAAGAUGUGGCCAGCACAGUCUCUGAAAGUGAUAAUGUGGAGAGCUGGAUGUUGUUGGGAGGUGCCAGAGAUAUCAAAGAUGAAAACAUCCUCUUAAACCUUGAGGGCUGUGGAAGUUCAUCCACAGAAGGAGAAGGUGGAACAGACUGGGCCAUCAGUGAUAAAGAUUUAGAGGCACAGAUUGGUAACUAUGUCACUGUGCGUCGUAACAACAGAUACUACAUGCCAGACAAAAAUGUCACUUGCAGAAAUUGCGAUAAAAGAGGUCACUUAUCAAAAAAUUGUCCGACUCCAAAGAAAGUUCCACCAUGUUGUCUGUGUGCAGAAAGGGGGCAUCUACAGAACAACUGCCCUGCACGAUUUUGUUUAAAUUGCUGUUUGCCUGGACACUUCUCAAGAGAGUGCAUAGAGAGAACUUACUGGAGUAAACAUUGUAACCGCUGUGCAAUGAGAGGCCAUUAUGCAGACGCUUGCCCAGAAAUAUGGAGGCAGUAUCACCUAACAACCAGACCAGGACCACUCAGGAAGACCAGUUCUUUUUCUGAACACUCUGCUCCAGUGUACUGUUACAACUGUUCACAGCAAGGCCAUUAUGGCUAUGAAUGCUCAGAGAGGCGGAUGUUUGGAGGGACGUUCCCUACUUUCCCCUUCAUCUAUUACUAUGAUAAUGAAUAUGAUAUCAAGAGGAGCCUUCAAAAAGCGAAGAAAAAAGUGCAAGAACUUCAGGAAGCUGGCCUUCUUCCCUUGGCAUUGAAGAGACCACACAUAGAUGAUGACCAGAAAGUGUAUACCCAUAGGAAAAAGGUGAAACUGUUAAAGGAACACAACAAGCAUCACAGAAAGCUCAAGAAGAAGUACCAGGCAGACAAAGUCAAAGGAAGGAAGCACAAGAAAGAUGUCCAAAGCAACUACAACACAGAGGAGAACUUUCCUAGAGGAGGUCACAUGAAAGCUCUGAAGUGGCACAAAAAAAACAGUGCACAUUGUGACCUUUCUGCAAAUGGGGACAAACCAGAAAUCACCAAAGCUUCCUUGGAGGCAGCAAAAAAACGGAAAAAAAAGAAAAAACAGAACUACACAGUCAGUACUCCCACCAGGGAUGAAAGUUUAUUUCUUAUAAAACAGAGAAAAAAGAAAUCAAAGCAGAAACCUGGUUACUGAUCUGAUUGCAGGAAGGGUAACUCAGAGAAUUGGUAGGGUGUAGCUUCAGGUAAGGCUUUAGCCCUCCCACCCUCUCCCUGUUACAAUGUGGAGCAUCAGACAACAUCAGACCAUCUAAGUAGAGGCUGGGAUACGAAAAAGCAGAGAAGCUCGCCUGUGCCAAUCCUCAGAGGGCAUCUUGGUCUGUGAUAGUGACUAAUGUGUAAAUCAGUACUGAUGUGUUUUAUGCAAUGCUGGUAUUUGGAUUAAAGGGAAUUGGGGGUUGGGAAGGGGGGUAUGGGUGGCAAAGUUGAAAGCAAAAGGAGAAAUCAGGUCUCUUCUGUUUCAUAUAGCCUUUUUACAAACAAAGCAUUGGGAGUGACUUCAUUCUUCUUUCACUGUUUAAAAGCUAAAUUUUAUGAAAUGCCUGGAAAUCCAUGAUCUCUCAUGGUUUCUUAAAAGAAUUGGGGUGGGGGGUCAGAUUGAGGCUACAGAGCUGGAGAAAGGGGGAGUUUAACUCCCCCCCCCCGACCAUUUUUCUUGUUGCAUCUCUCUCUCUCCAAACUCCCAGUUCCUCUGCCAGGGUAAACAGUGUUUACAAUAAAGGUUCAGUGGAAAUAGCUACUUGUGGCACUGUGACCCCCUGUCCAAGUUACCCCCUCUGACUACUUUUAGAAGCCCUCAGGAGAUCCCCUGUAGCUCUCUUGACAUCUCUGCCUAAUCCCUCAUGGAAUGUAUGAAACAGACUUUUUUUAAGGGGGGGGACAAUGCAAGAAGGUUCUCCUUUUCAUCCUGAUUUCUUUUCCUGCCAGGGUCUGUCAUGAUGUUCCUGUCUCAUGUUGAUGGCAUCCUUCUGUCUUAGAAUAGGUUUCAGUGUCUUCAGUAUGUCAUAGUCACUUCUCCACAAGUUUUAGUAGCAUGCCUGGUGGGAAAGCAGGUUUCCCCCCCUAUUUCUUUCUUUCUUUUUUUUUAGAAGAAAGACUACAAUCCUGAAACCUCCCCCAUUGAUUUAAUGGGACUUUCAAGUAGGUGGUUUUCAGAAUUUUGUCUCCCAGCUUACUUAACUAGCCAACUAGCAUGGCAAUUAAGUUAUUAAAAAUUUAACUGUGGAUAUAAAUAUUCAGUUAAAUCUCU